AUAUAUAAAUUUUAUAAUGACUCUAAAAAGUAAAAUAUUUUAUCCAGGACCGGAGCAACAUUUUUUAAUGUAAUACAAUAGCAGUACAUCGUAUAAUUAAAAGAUUUACAUAUAAGAACAAAUUUUGUGUCAGCGAGAAAAUUAAUGAAUUGAUCUUCCGUUACACCAUUUGGCAGCAAUGUCCAUAAAUACCUCUUCAACAUCUUCAUAACAGAGCAAGAAAUUAAGCUCUGCUUUAAGAAAAAGCUUCUUCCAUAAAUCUCUUUAAUUUCCAUUUUACAACCAUGGUCACUCCAAAAAUUCAUGCAGCCAUUCUAGCAAGUCCUGGCAUGGGACACUUAAUUCCUACCAUGGAAUUAGCAAAACGUCUUACCACUCACCAUGGUUUCGACGUCACCGUCUUCAUCGUCACCACCGAUUCAUCCGAUUCAGACAGAACAACUACAUCAAAAAUACUUCAACAAACAUCCAACUUUAAUGGCAUCAACGUUGUUGUAACACCUCCAGUCAAUGUCUCCGACAAACUUGAUCCAAACAACCCAUCGUUGGGUUUAAGAAUUGUUUUAACUAUGUUUGAAUCUCUUCCUUAUAUUCAAUCUCAAAUAUUAUCCAUGAAAUUUCCUCCAUCAGUUCUUAUUGUGGAUCUCUUUGGUACUAUGGCUUUACCUAUGGCACGUGAUCUCCACAUGUCUACUUAUGUUUUCUUUGCAACAAAUGCUUGGUUUUCUGCUGUUAGUAUUUACCUUCCUUUCAUAACAAAGGAAGCGUUUUCUAGACACGCGAAUGAUCAUGAACCGCUUUUGAUUCCGGGUUGUGAACCGCUUCGGUUUGAGGAUACACUUGAAACGUUUGUCGCCCCAUGGGGGCCUAUUCACGAAGGCUACGUUGAAGCCGUAAAGGAGAUAUUGUCAGUUGAUGGGAUUCUUAUGAAUACGUGGCAAGAUUUAGAGCCGACAGCUAUUAAGGCCGUUACAGAAAAUGGAAUUUUGGGACAGUUUGCUAAAGGACCGGUUUAUUCAAUUGGACCGCUUGUGCGAACCGUUGAACCAAAGGAGAAGACCGAGGGUGAGAAAUUAAUUUUAAGUUGGCUUGACAAGCAACCAGAUGAGUCGGUGAUAUAUUUGUCGUUUGGAAGUGGUGGGACGAUGUCAGAAGCUCAGAUGAGAGAAUUGGCUUAUGGGUUAGAGUUGAGUAAGCAGAGGUUUAUUUGGGUGGUGCGACAACCCAUGGAGGAAGAUGCAUCUGCGGCGUUUUUCAACAUAGGGAAGGGUGGUGAUGGAUUGGCAGUGGUGGAUUACUUACCAGAGGGGUUUGUGAAUAGGACUUCAGAGUUGGGGAUUUGUGUCCCCAUGUGGGCCCCACAGGCUGAGAUUUUAAAACAUCCAGCAACAGGUGGUUUUGUAACACAUUGUGGUUGGAAUUCUGUCUUGGAGAGUAUCCUUAGCGGUGUUCCUAUGGUUGCAUGGCCCCUUUAUGCCGAGCAAAAGAUGAAUGCUACUUUGUUGUCAGAGGAGCUUGGGGUGGCAGUGAGGGUGAAGGCAACUGAUGGAGGAAUCGUUUAUAGGGAGCAAAUAGCAAUGUUGAUUAGAAGAGUGAUGGUGGACGAAGAUGAUAUAUGCAUGAGGGUUAAAGUUAAGGAGUAUAAGCUAAGCGGAGAGAAAGCUCUUUCUAUGUUCGGUUCUUCUCAUGAGUCGCUUUGUCAAAUGGCGAAAGAUUGUGAAGUUCAUCUUCACUUGAAUUCUGAGGCAAAAUGUCGGGGUGCUUAAACAAUAAAUAAGACAUGUUAUGCAUUUACAUAAUUUUUUAUUGUAAUUUAGUUACUAUAUGCAAUCAAUAAAUUGUGUUUUUUUUUUUU